AUGCAAAUUUGCCCACGGUUGUUUAAUUGCUCAGAUGUGGAAGACAUUGCAAUCGAGGAUCUAAUUGGUGAGGGAGCUGUGAAAAGGGUUUACAGGGGACUUUGGUUCAGUCACUAUUAUGCUGUAAAUGUGCUUAAAGAGCCUCAGUUCUCUAGAGAUUUCCUUACUGGCCUUCAUGUCUUGCAAUUAUUAAAUGCUAGUCCUCACGUAAUCAAGUUGGUAGGAAUUUGCCGAGAUAAGCGACUGUUCUUGAGCGAGUUUCAUCAAUUUGGAGAUGCACAAAAUGUUCACAAGAUCCUCGAGGAAUUGGCAAGUGACAGUAUUGUAAAUCGACUUAAAUUUUGUAUUAGUUAUGUUGAAAUUUUGGAAUUUCUUCACUCUGAGAACAAUGGCGUGAGGGUCAUGUGUGAUAGCAAUGACUUGCCAAAAACACUGUCACAGUUUCUUGUUACUGAUGGACUGCGGCUAGUCCUUAACGAUGCAGAUGCUUUACCGUCUGUAAGUGAAGUAGCCGACAAGAAAAUAAUAUGUGGUCAUCGAGAAAUAACCUCCUCAUUUGCUGCACCAGAGCAACUGUGGCCUUUUCCAGGCACACCUUUCAAUCUUACAGCCAUGCCCAAGUACGAUGAAAAAACAGACAUUUGGAAAGUACCGAAUGUCUGUGAGCACUUUUUAGGAACUUAUGCUAAUCAUAAAGUAGUGAAAUAUAUGUUAUUUGAAAUCCACAAAUUAUGCAAAAGUAAGAAACCAGAUGAUAGACCUUCUGCAACUGCAAUUAAGAAUAUGUACAUUGAGUCUCUCAACAAAAUUCUCCUCAACAGUUGA